AUGGCCGACGAACCGGAAAAGGAGCUCCAAACGCCCGACGCGCUCGCGGCUACUGUCGCGCAACAGGAUGCGCCUUCGCAUAACGUUGCCAAGACACAAGAUAUGCAGCCGAGCGAUAAGAGCGACACUGCCGAGUCGCGCAGCGUUGGAAAUGAAAAGUCGCACGACUCGUCCAACGACCACGAGACGAAUGAGCUCAAGGUUACUGAAACCAACGCUACUGACGCGAGCGUUGGAACAACCGCCACCGGACUACCGCCGCAAGAGAACAAGACAUGGAGACAAAAGCUCAAUCCUCUCCGAUGGGGAGGCAUCCCGGAAAUUCCCCAUGAGCGCAUCGUGUCCCGGGAGUAUGGCGCGAGCAUUUUCAGCAAGCUCUUCUUCAACUGGAUGACGCCUCUAAUGACUACUGGAUACAAGAGACAAUUACAUGAGCGCGAUCUCUGGGCCGUGAACCCCGACCGAGGCGCCGAGGUCCUGACCAACAAGGUGAGAGCAGCGUUCAAGCGCAGGAUUGCCAAGGGUUCCAAGCGCCCGCUCUUAAUGGCCCUUUACGAUAGCUUCACGUUUGAGUUUUGGCUUAGUGGAUUCUGUGCCUUGAUCUCUACCAUGCUCCAAGUCAUUGCGCCAUUUACCCUCCGCUAUCUCAUUCAAUUUGCCACUGAAGCAUACUAUGCCCAUGUCCAACACACCGCCCCGCCGCACAUUGGCGAGGGAGUCGGUCUUGCCGUUGGCAUCACAAUGAUGCAAUUCGUUGGCAGUCUCUGUAUCAGUCAUUUCAUUUACCGUGGCAUGAUGCUGGGAGGUCAGAGUCGUGCCGUCCUCAUCGGCAUGAUCUACGACAAGUCAAUGGUCAUUUCCGGUCGCGCCAAAGCCGGCACGUCCAAAGACGCCCUGUCACCCGAGGAGGGUGGUCCAGAGAAGCCAGAUGCCGAAAAAUCCGGCGAUGGGAAGAAAUCCAAAAAGGAGAGCAAGGCCAAGGGUGGCGCAAUAGCAAAUGAAGUUGGUUGGGCAAACGGUCGCAUUGUCAACCUGAUGAGUGUCGACACCUACCGCAUUGACCAGGCUUGCGCUCUCGGCCACUUCAUCUGGACGGCGCCUAUCGCUUGUAUUGUGACCCUCGUCCUGCUCCUUGUCAACUUGACCUAUAGCGCUUUGGCCGGUUUUGGACUGCUUGUCCUUGGCGUGCCACUUCUCACAAAGGCCAUUCAAAGCCUCUUCGCUCGUCGCAAGAUGAUCAACAAAAUCACGGAUAAGCGAGUGUCCCUGACUCAAGAAAUCAUCCAGUCGGUUCGAUUUGUCAAAUACUUUGGCUGGGAGACGGCCUUUUUGGAGCGCUUAGCCGAGAUCCGCUCCAAGGAAAUCUACGCCAUCCAGAUUCUGUUGGCUACCCGAAAUGCCAUCAACUCGGUCAGCAUGGCCAUGCCGGUUUUUGCCUCGAUGCUCUCUUUCAUCACCUAUCGCCUGACCAACCAUGGCCUUGCUCCCGCCCAAGUCUUUUCCUCACUGGCACUGUUCAACAGUCUUCGAAUCCCACUCAACCUCUUGCCGCUUGUUCUUGGACAGGUCAUCGACGCCAUGUCAUCCAUUGGUCGAGUAGAAGAGUUCCUCCUCGAAGAGGAGCAGGAAGAAGAUAUCGUUAUCAAGGCCGACGGCGAGCACGCUAUUGAAAUGAACAAUGCAUCCUUCACCUGGGAGCGCACCAAGAACAAGGAGACGGAGCUGCCCUCCGACCCUAAGGAGAAAAAGGCUGCUGCCGCUGCUGCUAAGGAGGCUAAGGCGCAGCUCAACUCCACAAAGCCUGCUGAAGAGGAUGGGCCGAAAGAGGCUACCCAUGGUGAGGAGAGAGAGCCGUUUAAGCUCCAGGAUCUCAACUUUACCGCUGGGCGAAAGGAGCUUCUGGCUGUCAUUGGUUCCGUCGGCUGUGGAAAGAGCUCUCUCCUUGCCUCCCUGGCCGGUGACAUGCGCAAGACGGAGGGUGAAGUCGUAUUUGGCGCUUCGAGGGCAUUCUGUCCCCAGUAUGCGUGGAUUCAAAAUACUUCUCUUCAAAACAACAUCACCUUUGGGAAGCCGAUGGAGAAGGCCUGGUACAAGGAAGUCAUCGACGCAUGCGCUUUGAGAUCCGAUCUUGACAUGCUCCCGAAUGGCGAUCAGACCGAAAUAGGUGAGCGUGGCAUUACCAUCUCUGGUGGUCAAAAGCAGCGUCUCAACAUUGCCCGUGCUAUUUACUUCAAUGCCGACAUCGUCUUGAUGGAUGAUCCGCUGAGCGCCGUCGAUGCCCAUGUCGGUCGCCACAUCUUUGACCAUGCUAUCCUCGGUCUUCUCAAGGACAAGUGCCGGAUCUUGGCAACGCAUCAGCUCUGGGUUCUGAACCGCUGCGAUCGGAUCAUCUGGAUGGACGGUGGUAAGAUUCGGGCCAUUGACACCUACGACAACCUCAUGCGCGACGAGGAGGGCUUCCGAGCCUUGAUGGAGACGAACACAGUCGAGAAAGAGGAGGAGGAACUCGAAUUACAGAGCGAGGAGGUGUCUGAGGAGACUGAAGAGGUGACCAAGGUGGAGCGGGUAGAAACCUCGGCCGAGGACCGCGCCAAGAACAAGAAGAACAAGAAGCAGGCCAUGCUCAUGCAGCAAGAAGAGCGAGCGGAAAAGUCCGUCCCCUGGUCUGUUUACGCAGGAUAUGUCCGGGCUUCCGGCAGCAUGUUCAACCUGCCAUUCCUUGCUCUUGUUCUUAUUCUGUCGCAAGGCGCCAACAUUGUCACCAGCCUGUGGCUCUCUUGGUGGACCUCGGACAAGUUUGGCUACUCGGAUGGCGUCUACAUUGGCGUGUAUGCUUCCCUCGGCGCCACUCAAGCCUUUCUCAUGUUUGCCUUUUCCGUCUUGUUAACUGUCCUGGGCACGAAUGCGAGCAAGAGCAUGCUGCGAGAUGCCGUGACACGCGUGCUGCGGGCUCCCAUGUCUUUCUUCGACACGACUCCCCUGGGGCGCAUCACGAAUCGGUUCUCGCGCGAUGUCGAUGUCAUGGACAACAACUUGACGGAUGCCAUUCGAAUGUUCUUCUUCACGCUUGCCAACGUUACGGCCGUCUUCAUCCUCACCAUUGCCUACUACUACUACUUUGCUGCUGCGCUGGUGCCGCUCUACAUUCUCUACAUGAUUGCAGGCACUUACUACCGCUCAUCUGCUCGUGAGGUGAAGCGGUACGAAUCCGUGCUUCGCUCCAGCAUGUUUGCACGGUUUAGUGAGGGCCUGAGUGGUGUAUCUUCCAUCCGAGCCUAUGGACUGCGUGAACGAUUCAUGAACGACUUGCGCAAAUCCAUUGACCAGAUGAAUGGGGCUUACUACCUCACGUUUUCCAAUCAGCGGUGGCUUUCCGUACGACUGGAUAUGAUUGGUAACCUCCUUGUCUUCGUCGUGGCCAUUCUCGUCGUCACAUCUCGCUUCACCGUCAGCCCCUCGACUGGUGGUCUGGUUCUCAGUUACAUGCUGUCGAUUGUGCAGAUGCUGCAAUUCUCUAUCCGUCAACUUGCCGAGAUGGAAAAUGGUAUGAACGCUGUCGAGCGUCUCCGCUACUACGGCCACGAACUGGAAGAGGAAGCCCCUCUUCAUACCAUCGACGUGCGUCCCAGCUGGCCGGAAAAGGGCGAGAUCAAGUUUGAGAACGUGGAGAUGCGGUACCGCCCCAACCUCCCUUUAGUUCUCAAGGGCCUCUCUAUUCACGUUGAGGGUGGAGAGCGUAUCGGCGUUGUGGGACGGACUGGUGCGGGCAAGUCGUCCAUUAUGAGCACGCUGUUCCGCCUCGUUGAAAUUUCCAGCGGCAAGAUCACCAUCGACGGGCUCAACAUUUCCACUAUCGGACUCGGCGACCUUCGCAAACGUCUCGCCAUCAUCCCGCAGGACCCAACACUCUUCCAGGGCACGGUACGCUCCAACUUGGAUCCGUUCCAGGAGCAUGAUGACCUCGCGCUAUGGUCUGCCCUGCGGCAGGCCGAUCUCGUCAGUGCGGACGCGACUCUGGAGGACCGGUCUGACCCAUCGCGCAUUCACCUAGACAGCAUUGUCGAGGACGAGGGUCUCAACUUUUCGCUCGGGCAGAGGCAGCUCAUGGCGCUCGCACGUGCGCUGGUACGCGGCGCGCAGAUCAUUGUAUGCGACGAGGCGACGUCGAGUGUCGACAUGGAUACGGACGACAAGAUCCAGCGGACCAUGGCGACAGGCUUCCGCGGCAAGACGCUGCUGUGCAUUGCGCACCGUCUGCGCACCAUCAUUGGCUACGACCGCAUCUGCGUCAUGGACGCUGGUCGCAUCGCGGAGCUGGACACCCCCGCGAAUUUGUACCGCAAGCCCGACGGCAUCUUCCGCGGCAUGUGUGAUCGCAGCGGCAUCAGUCUGGGGGAUAUCGAGACAGCGGCGCAGACCAUGGCCGCCAUUGACAGCAGCACCAGCGCAACUCCGCGCAUCGCCGAAUCGAGCGAGUAG